GACCAUUCGAGAGCGCACCCUCGCCAGUCGUACCAGUAGUGUCAAGAUCCUUGAUCGGUACAGAGGAAUGGCAAGAGGUACAUUUUGCAGAAGGCGGGGGCUGUCGCCCCGUUCUUGUCUUCAUAUAACUCAGUGCCUGUUGCCCGGUUCUCCUCUGCACAUGUGUUCAGAUGUGUUAACCAGAAUUUGGUCUUGGGUCAGUUUUUGGACAGUAUGCAAUAAUUCCCCAGAUUACUACACUACAUGACCAAAAGUAUGUGGACUCCUGCUUGUCGAACAUCUUAUUCCAAAAUCAUGGGCAUUAAUAUUAGAGGUCGACCGAUUGUGAUUUUUCAACGCCAAUACUGAUUAUUGGAGGCCCAAAUAAGCCGAUACCGAUUAAUCGGCCAAUUUAUUUUAUUUGUAAUAAUGACAAUUACAACAAUACUGAAUGAACACUUAUUUUAACUUAAUAUAAUCAAGUAAAAUCAAUUUAGCCUCAAAUAAAUAAUGAAACAUGUUCAAUUUGGUUUAAAUAAUGCAAAAACAAAGUGUUGGAGAAAGUAAAAGUGCAAUAUAUGCCAUGUAAGAAAGCUAACGUUUAAGUUCCUUGCUCAGAACUUGAGAACAUAUGAAAGCUGGUUGUUCCUUUUAACAUGAGUCUUCAAUAUUCCCAGGUAAGAAGUUUUAGGUUGUAGUAAUUAUAGGACUAUUUCUCUCUAUACCAUUUGUAUUUCAUUAACCUUUGACUAUUGGAUGUACUUAUAGGCACUUUAGUAUUGCCAGUGUAACAGUAUAGCUUCCUUUCCUCUCCUCGCUCUUCCCUGGGCUCGAACCAGGAACACAUCAACAACAGCCACCCUCGAAGCAGCGUUACCCAUGCAGAGCAAGGGAAACAACCACUCCAAGGCUCAGAGCGAGCGAAUGUGACAUUUGAAACGCUAUUAGCGCGUGCUAACUAGCCAGCCAUUUCACUUCGGUUACACCAGCCUCAUCUCGGGAGUUGAUAUGCUUGAAGUCAUAAACAGCAAUGCUUGACGCACAACGAAGAGCUGCUGGCAAAACGCACAAAAGUGCUGUUUGAAUGAAUGUUUACGCGCCUGCUUCUGCCUACCACCGCUCAGUCAGAUACUUAAUGCUUGUAUGCUCAGUCAGAUUAUACGCAACGCGUGACACGCUAGCUAGUAAUAUCAUCAACCAUGUGUAGUUAACUCAUGAAUUAUGAUUGAUUGAUUGUUUUUUAUAAUUUAAGUUUAACUUUUUAUGGCUACAGGGGCAGUAUUGAGUAGCUUGGAUGAAAAGGUGCUCACUGUAAACGGCCAGCUCCUCAGUCUCAGUUGCUGAUAUAUGCAUAUUAUUAGGAGUAUUAGAUAGAAAACACUCUGAAGUUUCUAAAACUGUUUGAAUUAUGUCUGUGAGUAUAACAGAACCUGAGAAAUUCCACUUCCUGUUUGUAUAUUUUUCUGGGGGUGGCAGAUUUUCAACCAAACUCUCAUUGAAAUUACAGUGAGAUAUGGAUGAGUUUUCACUUCCUACGCCUUCCACUAGUAGUCAAUAGAACUUUGUCUGAUGACUCUAAUGUGAAGGAGGGUCGAAUGAGACAGGAAAUAGUCACCACUGCCAGGAGUUGACCAUGCUUUCACCAUGCGCGUUCACAGGGGAAGGACCUGCGUUCCACCUGUCAUCUGAAGUCAUUCUAAUUCUCCGGUUGGAAAGUUAUUCAAGAUAUAUGUAAACAACAUUCUAAAGAUUGAUUCAGUACAUCGUUUGACAUGUUUCUACUGACUGUUACGGAACUUUUGGACAUUUCGUCACGUUAUAGUGGACACGCUUUGUGACUUUGGAAUUGUUUACCAAACGCGCUAACCAAAGUAGACAUUUUUGACAUUUUCAAAGAAAUCAAGCAUUUAUUGUGGACCUGGGAUUCCUAGGACUGCAUUAUGAUGAAGUUCAUCAAAGGUGAAGGACAUCUCACUGGAGGCCACAGGCGCUUUGAGAAGCCAGCGGGACACGAUACAUGGAGAGACGACCAACCAAUCACUGUUGAUGAGGGGAGUGGAACAUUAACCCAGCACGUGAUAGAGUAUGCAGAUGCAGAGACUGCAGGUCCUGGGGUCAAGCUGGAAAGGUCUGAUGGAGAGGAAGCUCCACUGCACAGCAGAGACCUCAAAACUGGAGUGGCUGGAGCGACCCCUGUAGCCACCGAGGACCCCACCACCGCCCCAGUGCAGCCCAGGACCCGAUGCAGCAUGACGGAGGAGGAGGAGGGUCCAGAGGUGCUUUUGGUGAAGGAUGAGGGGUGUGAGGAGGGUCUGGGGAACAUGGUCAUGGAGGACAACCAGACUACACCUCCUCCUGAACCCACAGAGGAACCAGCUGAGCAGCACAAGACCAUAUACAGUAUCACUGAGUCAGUAGACAUGGAGGAUGGGAAGCCUGAUCUGCUGAUAGUCAAAGAGGAGACAAUAGAAGACGAACCAGAGAGCAUUGACCUGCUAGGUCAACUAAAGAUGGGGGAGCAAGGUGGUUGGCUGGAGGCUAACAGAGGAGACUGGGUAGCCAUCUUGGAUUCCCCCUACCAGGAAGGUGCAGCCAAGGGGCCUGGGGACAACAUCACUGAGCAGGCGAGGACCAGAGGCGACAUAGUGAAAGUCAGUGGAUGGGACAGCGUCCUCAACUCUGGGCUGGGGAACAACGCUGUUAACCACAACCAGAAACAGACAGUCAGACACAAAACAACGUCCGAACUUAGUCUCCAUGACAACAGACUGGCUGAGACCAGGGCGAGGCGUAGAUUUGGAGGUGUCCCUAUUCGGCUGGCGAGAACAGACACAGACUCGGCUAGCGAUGCUCCGUCCUGCUCCUAUAGUUGUGAUUCAGAGAGACUGAUGGCACUUCAGGUUGACCCCCUAACAGGUGGUGCCUUCAUCCUGCCUUCUAUAGGAUCUAUCAACUGGAACAUGGACCCUGCGACAACACAGACACUCCCUGGCCUUUGUCCUCCUGACACUCUCCUAAUGUUAAACCAGACCUCAGACAAUGCCAGUGCCUCAACACCAAAUGGCUAUACAAGCCCAUUGACAAAUGAGAGUAAUAGAGAUGGAGUCAGUAAAGGUGGCAGCGCCAAAGAGAAGCGCUUCCCGUGUUCAUUCUGUGGGAAAGCCUUCAGUUUCCCCAAACAGGUGGAGAUCCACCAGAGGAUGCACACGGGGGAGAAACCAUUCGGCUGCCAACUGUGCCGGGCCAGUUUCUCCGACUCGUCCAACCUGAAGAGGCACCAGAGGGUCCACACAGGGGAGAAACCCCACAGCUGCCCCCAGUGUGAGAAGAGGUUCUCCCGCCAGGACCAGCUGAAGAUGCACCUGAAGGUCCACACGGGAGAGAGGCCGUUCGCCUGUACGCACUGUGGGAAGAGGUUCUCAGAGAGGAGCUACCUCAGAAUACACCAGCAGAAAAUGCACAUGGGCCAUGUAUAGAGUAGUGACAUGUAACGUAGUAUUAGUAAGUUUGUUAAUUCUGUUGGUGUUGGAUGUAGAAGGAACUGGAUGAGGUGAACUGAGGAAAGAAUUAGUAGAUGAUAUGGUGAUGAUGGUGUCUGUAAAAAUGCUUCACUGAUGAAAAGGGACAACCUUGUCCUAUUGUUUGAAUUUUGGUGUUUUAUAAUGAGGAAAUGUUUACUUGACAUGAAGCUGUGUGUAAUGUAAUGUUAAACCUUUUCCAAAGUAUUCUAAAAUUAAUUUGAUCAAAGUGGGGGUACCAGAUUUACAGAAAAUAUCAUACAAGUUGUUCAACAAAUCAUACAACUCUUUUUAAUUACUCAUUAUAAAGCAGUCUUUUUAAUUACAUUUUUUUAAUCGUCACUUUGUCUAAUAAUUCACUGUGUGUUUAUUUUUUUUAAUAGAAUGCCAAAAUAUUUUUUUUAUCAUUUAUUUCCCUGAGACUCUACUGAAAUGCUCAGUCUGAUCGUGUGGAAGUUAGGAAUCAAAUUUGAAUAUGAAAUUAUAUAUUUACAUACACAGUCCUGAUUUGCUGAUAGGAGGGGUGUAGAUAACUUCCACAGGUGUGUAGGUUACUUUGUCUUGUCAUCAAAACAAAAGUAAUCUUAAUAUCAUUGUUGUACGUUUUCCAAUAGGUCACCAGAAGAUGCAGGGCCAGAACAGACUUUUUGCAUGGUGGACCAUCCUGGCCUAGACCCUGUCUGCCGUGUACUGUAGAUAUGUGGUAGUGGUGGAAUAGGGGCCUGAGGGCACACAGUGUGUUGUGAAAUCUGUGAAUGUGUUGUAAUGUUUUUAUUGUAUAAACUGCCUUAAUUUUGAUGAACCCCAGGCAGCAGCUAAUGGGGAUCCAUAAUAAAUAAAACAAUUCAUUGCAGAAUGCAAUGAUUAUCUACAGUCUAUAAUCUUCAGUAUCAUCAAUAAAGCAUAGAAUCAAUCAGAUCAAGCGUUAACUGGCGAUACCGGAUGUUUUUGUGGUGUCGGAGGUGGAACUGCGUUGCAGCUGUCAAAUCGGCGAGCAGCUGCUCUUGUGAUUAUGGUCACGAAGCCACACCCGCCCCCUCAAUUUAGUUCAAAACAAGAAAGUGUAGACUAUGUAGAAAUAAUUACUUUCAUCUUGAAAAAUCAUUAAACUAAAUAAUGAGGAUCUCUAUCAUCCUAAUCGAGGUGUAGAUUACAUUUUACAUUCCAGUGUUCAAACUUGUAAACAAGGCUGUAUAUUAUUUCUGUUAAUACGACUGCGUGCAGCCAAUGGCAAUGUCCGCUUUAGUUAUAAUGCUAGGAGCCCCUUGUGGAUUUGACAGCUUGAACACAGUUCCACCUCCGACACCACCAAAAUAACUGCGAAUUAAUGUGAAUGUCAACAACAUUUUACGAAAUAGACUUUGUGAUGAUAUUGGAGAUGAUAACUGAUUUACAUUUUUCAAAUGAAGACACAUUUUGGAAUGUUUUGCUGUUGAAAGUAAAUAAAGAA